GACCACUGCCUCUAAAAUGAGUCUCUUUGGGGAGAGAGAGGACAGGACCACUGACUCUAAAAUGACUCAAGACACCAGUUCAAAGUGUGUCCAGAAGCCCAGAGCAGAGUCACCUACAACCAGCCUGCUAUCAAUGAAGAGUGAUCAGCCACCUACUUUCAGCCAGGAACCAUUACCAGAUGACAAUAAGGAAGUGGAGAGUUUGGACAGUGAGGAUGCAUUAAAGAUCACACACAACCUUCUGGACAGAAGAAGUCAAACUCUGCUGACAGUCCAACAAGCCAUUAAGGCUAAACUGAAACACAAGUAUCAACACAUAUCUGAAGGAAAUGGACACCAUGGAAAUCAAAGUUUGUUCAAGGACAUCUACACAGACCUCUACAUCACAGAGGGUGGAAGUGGAGGGCUCAAUAAUGAACAUGAGGUUAGACAGAUAGAGAUCGUAUCCAAGAAACGAACCACACAAGAGACAUCAAUCAAAUGCAACGACAUCUUCAAGCCUUUACCUGGACAAGACAAACCUAUCAGAACUGUGCUGACCAAAGGAAUCGCAGGCAUUGGAAAAACAGUCUCUGUGCAGAAGUUCAUCCUUGAUUGGGCAGAGGGAAAAGCAAAUCAGGACGUUCAUUUCAUGUUUCCUCUUCCUUUCCGUGAUCUAAACCUGAAAAAGGACCAAUACAGUCUGAUGCAACUUCUUUCCCACUACUUCCCAGAGCUGAAAGAAAUUGACAGCAUUGAAGAUGGUGAAACCAACACAGUUUUCAUUUUUGAUGGUCUGGAUGAGUGUCGUCUUCCUCUAGACUUCACAAACAAUGAGAAGUGCUGUGAUGUCACGAAGCCAACCUCAGUGGACGUGCUGCUGAUAAACCUCAUCAAGGGGAAUCUGCUUCCCUCUGCUCUCCUCUGGAUAACCUCACGGCCUGCAGCAGCCAAUCAGAUCCCUCCUGAGUGUGUUGACCAGGUGACAGAGGUACGAGGGUUCAAUGAUCCACAGAAGGAGGAGUAUUUCAGGAAGAAAAUCACAGAUCAGAAUCUGGCCAAUGAAAUCAUCAAACACAUGAAGACAUCAAGGAGCCUCCACAUCAUGUGCCACAUGCCAGUGUUCUGUUGGAUAUCAGCCACUGUCCUUGAGAUGAUGCUGAAAGAGGCAGAGAAGGAUGAAGUCCCCAAAACUCUGACCCAGAUGUACUCACACUUCAUGAUCCAAAUCAUUAUGAAGAACAGGAAGUACAACAAAGCCACAGAGACAAACCCAAAGGAACUGUCUCAGUCAGACAAAGAGAUGAUCCUGAAACUGGCCAAGCUGGCUUUCCAACAGCUGCAGAAGGGCAACCUGAUCUCCUAUGAGGAGGACCUGAGAGAGUGUGGCCUUGAUGUCACAGAGGCAUCAGAGUACUCAGCAUUGUGUACAGAGAUCUUUAAAGAGGAAUCUGGGCUGUACCAAGAGAAGGUCUACAGCUUUGUGCAUCUGAGCAUUCAGGAGUUUCUAGCAGCAGUGCAUGCUUUAGAAUCAUGUCUGGGCAAGAAGGAAAAUGUUUUCUACCCCAAAGCAGUCACUAAGGGUCAAGAUUAUUAUGAAAACAGCCGAUUCAAAUUCUGGUCAUGCAAGUUGAAGCCUGACAAGUUGACGUCAAUCGAUGAUAAUGAUUCCGAUGAUGAUGAUUCCGAUGAAGACAAAAAGGAUGACAAUGGUGAAGAGGAGUCAAUCCAGUUGUCUGACUUACACAGGAGAGCAGUGGACCAGGCCUUGAAGAGUGAGAUUGGACACCUGGACCUGUUCCUCUGCUUCCUUCUGGGUCUCUCACUUGCGUCCAAUCAGAAUCUGUUACGAGGCCUUCUGACACAGACAGGAUGUACCACACAGACCAAUGAGGAAACAGUUGAGAGAACAGUCAGGUACCUUACAGACAACAUCAACCAGGAAUCCUCACCAGAAAGGAUCAUCAACUUGUUCCACUGUCUGAAUGAACUUGGUGCCAACUCUCUAGUUGAAGACAUGCAGACCUCCCUGCGUUCAGGAACUCUUUCAGAAACAGAGCUAGAACCUGACCAAUGUUCAGCCCUGGCCUACCUGUUACUGAUGUCAGAGGAGGUGCUGGAGGAGUUUGACCUGAAGACAUACAACACAUCAGAGGAAGGUUAUCAGAGGUUGCUGCCAGUAGUGAAAACCUGCAAGCGAGCACUACUGGAUCACUGUAAGCUCACAUAUAAAUCCUGUGAGACUCUGACCUCAGCUCUGCAGACACCAAACUUCCCCCUGAGAGAACUGGACCUCAGCUACAAUGACCUGGGAGACAGAGGAGUGGAGCUGCUCUGUGUUGGACUAACCAGUCCACUCUGCAACAUACAGACACUAGUUCUCGGUCAGUGUGGUCUAACAGAGGGUUGCUGUUCUGAUCUGGCCUCAGUCCUGAGUUCACCCAGCUCACAACUGAAACAACUGGAGCUGAGAGACAAUGACCUGCAGGACUCAGGAGUUACACUGCUGUCUGCUGGACUGGAGGAUCCAGACUGUAAACUACACACACUGGGGCUGUCUGGCUGUCUGGUCACAGAGGAGGGCUGUGCUGCUCUGUCUUCAGCUCUGAGGUCAAACCCCUCCCACCUGAAAGAGCUGGACCUGAGCUACAAUCACCCAGGAGACUCUGCAGGGGGACUGCUUUCAGCUGCUCUGUCUUCAGCUCUGAGGUCAAACCCCUCCCACCUGAAAGAGCUGGACCUGAGCUACAAUCACCCAGGAGACUCUGCAGGGAGACUGCUUUCAGCUGCUCUGGUAGAUCCCACAUAUAAACUGAAUGUGGAUCAUGGUGGAGAGUGCAGGCUGAAAUCAGGGCUGAGGAAAUAUGCCUGUCAUCUCACCCUGGACCCAAAUACAGUAAACCCACACCUGACACUGUCUGAGGGGAACAGGAAGGUGACACGGGUGGUGGAGAAGCAGCAUUAUGAAGACCAUCCAGACAGAUUUGAUUGUCAUUGCCAAGUUGUCUGCAGUGAAGUCAUUUCUGGAGGUCGUUAUUACUGGGAGGUGGAGAGGGAUGGUGACAUGGCUGACAUUGGUGUGGUGUACAAAGGAAUGAAGAGGAAGGGACGGGAGGAUGACAGUUGGAUUGGACUCAAUAGGAAGUCCUGGUGUUUAUACUGCUAUGAUAGUGCUUAUGAAUUUAUCCAUGCUGGAGUCAGCAGAUCCAUCUCUGGUCAUUAUUCUCACAGAGUUGGAGUAUAUCUGGACUGGUCAGCUGGUACUUUGUCCUUCUAUAGUGUGUCCUCCUCUGGUACACUGACACACCUUCACACAGAACACACCACAUUCACUGAACCCCUCUAUCCUGGAUUUGGGGUUUACUCCUCCUCCUCAGUGACCCUGUGUCAGAUAGAUGACCAACACAUUCAGAGAAACCAUGGUGGAGAGAGUUGGACCAAGCCUGGACCUGAGAACACCAGAGACCAUGGUGGAGAGAGUUGGACCAAGCCUGGACCUGAGAACACCAGAGACCAUGGUGGAGAGAGUUGGACCAAGCCUGGACCUGAGAACACCAGAGACCAUCGUGGAAAGAGUUGGACCAAGCCUGGACCUGAGAACACCAGAGACCAUGGUGGAGAGAGUUGGACCAAGCCUGGACCUGAGAACACCAGAGACCAUUGUGGAGAGAGUUGGACCAAGCCUGGACCUGAGGACACCAGAGACCAUGGUGGAGAGAGUUGGAUCAAGCCUGGACCUGAGAACACCAGAGACCAUGGUGGAGAGUGUUGUAUCAAGCCUGGACCUGAGGACACCAGAGACCAUGGUGGAGAGAGUUGGACCAAGCCUGGACCUGAGAACACCAGAGACCAUGGUGGAGAGUUUUGGAUCAAACCUGGACCUGAGGACACCAGAGACCAUGGUGGAGAGAGUUGGAUCAAGCCUGGACCUGAGGACACCAGAGACCAUGGUGGAGAGUGUUGUAUCAAGCCUGGACCUGAGGACACCAGAGACCAUGGUGGAGAGUGUUGUAUCAAGCCUGGACCUGAGGACACCAGAGACCAUGGUGGGGAAAGUUGUAUCAAGCCUGGACCUGAGAAAUGGAUUCCUCAGACCUGUAAGACUUGUGAACAUGUUGAGGACUCCACGCACUGGCUUCAGAUUGAACCCUUGACUUCCACUGUCCAGGGAGGGACAAUGUUCAGACACAGGACACCCAAAGGGAGUUAUGAGUGCACAGUGUCUGGGCUCCGCUGGCUGUGUGAGAGAGAUGUCAUUCUGAAGUAUCACUUCAGGAACUGGGAACCCUACACUCAACUUAUGAAAGACAUGCAGUACACACAAGGUGGUCCAUUGCUGGACAUCACUAUGGAGUUAGGUGAACUGGAGGAAGUUCAUCUGCCACACUGUGUCUGUUUAGGGACCAACCCUUCCCUGAGGAAUGAGAUGAAGAUUCUUCAUGUAGAGGAACAUGGAGUGUCUUUAGAGGAAGUGCAUGAGGUCACCAGAUUCCAUGCUAAGAUUCUCCAUCCCAAGUUCUCAGCUAUCUCUGUUAUACUGAGAUUACUGUCUUGGAACGUAGAUGUCCACUGUGAGCUGAUGCUUUAUCUGACAGUGAUAAAGGAAAAACUAAUUCAACGCCUAUACCUGUUUCCCAGUGACCCCGGCCAGAUACAGGCUGUGGAACAACAGGAAUCAAAGUUUCAAGGGUCUAAAAGGAUUCCCAUCACAAGACCAGAGCGGUCCUUCAAACUGAAGAGUUCCUUCAGACUGAACAUUCCCUGUUCUACCUCCAUCAAUCCACCGAGGAUUCAUCUCAUACAUAGAGUCACCACACCAAGCUUUUUCAAGGUGGAUAUGGAAAUUAGAGGGAUUGAGAUGGAGUUAAUCGGUGACGAUGAGAGGAUAGUAUGGAAAGAAACUCUACAAAAAUAUGAAUUCAUCACUGAAACCCAUUCAACUCGUGCUGUGUUGGGGGCAGGAGGUCCGGCUGAGAUCAGUCUGACUGGUUCUGCAGAGCAGCAGCUGCGUUCUGUACGGACAGAGUUUGUGAAACGAGUAUCAGGACCUGUCCUGGAUGGUCUGCUGGACAGACUCCUGCAACACACAGUCAUCAACCAGGAGGAAAUGGAGUCAGUGAAGGUGAUCGCUGAGAGGGCAGAGAAGGCACGUGACAUCAUCGACAUGGUGUUGAGAAAAGGAACUGAGUCAAGUUGCAGGAUGAUCAACUUAUUUGGGGAACUGGACCCCUGUCUUUGUUCACAGCUUCAGAUCAACAGUGUUGGGGUACCAACCUAAUGGUAGAAUGGAUAGUAACAGUGUUGGGGUACCAACCUAAUGGUAGAAUGGAUAGUAACAGUGUUGGGGUACCAACCUAAUGGUAGAAUGGAUAGUAACAGUGUUGGGGUAUCAACCUAAUGGUAG